AAACAUUCUAUAACUCAUAGACACCACUAAACCUAAAAGUCUAAUGUAGUUAUGUUCUUUUAAUUUGAUCAUAUUUGCUGUAAUGAAAUGGAUUUUAAUUAAUUAAUUAAAUUUUGCUUUAAAUAUUAAUUCAUUUGACAUGCAGUGCUGACAAGAAAAUUUUCAGAUAUGUUGCUGUUGGAGAUGAACCGUUUCACCGAAGUUAUGGAGAGCAGUUCCAUGGCUUUGUAAUUGGAGCAGCCAUGAAUAUUCAUACAGCUUUAGCAAGGGCAAACUUGGGAGAUGAGGUGAAAGUUGUUGUUCCAUGUAGUUUUGAUACCUUUGUAUCAGAAUCUAACCUGCCCUCAAAAGGGCACUUCAGGACUGACCUGAAUAGAACCAUGGUUGAACUCCUCACGUUUCUCAGCAAGCAGCAUGCACCUUUCUUUGUGACUAUCUCUCCAUUUACAACUUUCCAAGAAAACAAGAACGUGUCCCUUGACUUCAUCCUUUUCAAAGAAAGUGCUCACCCUCACAAUGACAGCCGCAGAAUAUACAAGAACAGCUUUGACUUGAGCUAUGAUACACUGGUCACUGCAUUGUCAACAGUUGGGUUCUCAGAAAUGGACAUUGUUGUUGCGGCAAUUGGUUGGCCUACAGAUGGAGCAGCCAAUGCCACCUCUGCUGUUGCACAGACCUUUAUAAAAGCUCUUAUAGAUCACCUUCAUGGUAAGACAGGGACCCCACUCAGGCCUCGGAAUCCACCAACGGAAACAUACAUUUUAAGCCUCUUAGAUGAGGAUCAAAGAAGCAUAACCUCUGGAAACUUUGAGAGACAUUGGGGGGUAUUCACAUUUGAUGGCCAAGCCAAGUACCAUGCUAAUAUCAUUCAGAGUUCAAAAGACCUUGUCAAUGCACAAAAUGUGGAAUAUCUUCCUUCCAAGUGGUGUGUUGUAAACAAUAACAAAGACUUGUCUAAUGCAACUGCAAGUGCUUUAGAGGCAUGUUCUGUAUCAGAUUGUACUGCACUAUCCCCUGGUGGUUCCUGUUCCAAUAUUAGUUGGCCUGGAAAUAUAUCAUAUGCUUUUAAUAGCUACUAUCAGCAGCAUGAUCAGAGGUCAGAUAGCUGUGAUUUUGGUGGACUGGGUCUGAUCACAACCGUUGAUCCAUCAGUAGACAGCUGCAGAUUUUUUGUUGGACUACGCACUUCUCAUUCAGCUUCACUACAGGCAGUCCAUCCAUCCUGUUGGUUGGUUUUGCUCCUGGUACAUAUGUUGUUUCUUGUUUGCUAAACUAAAUGAUAGAGAAAUGCUUUCAAAUCUGCAUGAGGCUGUCUUUUAAUGAUGUUUGCUGUGUAUGAGGCUUAGAUUAGUUUGAGAGCUCUUGAUAUGAAUUUUCAGCUGUAAAAGGAAAAAGAGGAUGGAGGUCUGAAUUGUGAAAAACAACAUCCUCUGGUUUUGCCUAUUGGCUUUAUUUCAGAUCUUUCUGAUUGUUUCCACUUGAAAUGGAAGAGCAUCUGGUAGAAUAUUUCUGAUAAACAUUUAGUAAUGAAAUCGGUUGACAUAGGGUAUGCCAUCAGUUGAAGAAAUGGGGACUCAUGUUCUUUUAAUCUUUUUCCACAUGAUCUGGUUGAUGGCCACAAGGAAAACAUCCUCUGGUCUUGCGUAAUGGCUGCUAAUUCUGGAUCUUCAUGCUUCACAAAAAGUUUCUUGUGUCUGCCACUGUAUCUAUUUAUUGAGAGCUGCCCAUCUAUCUAUCAAGGUAUUGUGUUGUACCCCCCCUUCCCCUUUAUUUUUUGGGUAUAUCGGAAGCCUCAAGCUAGAGAAUGUAUUCUCCAUUUUGAUUUGUUAUUCCCAACCAAACAUUACCAUUCAAUGUGUGUUCCAUCUUGAGGCAAACACAUUAAACCAGAUUAUAUCUU